UCGGGGGACACACUGUGGACACAGCGCGGACACACCGCUCUCUGCUCACCGCGUCCGGGCUGCGGAGUGUCUGUCACCUCCCCCGCCCCCCAGCCUCUCGCAGUCUCUCCACUUCUUCUUCUUGUCGGGGACUUCGCACCUGCCUGGAACUCAACUGUCCUCCAUCCAUCCCCUCCGCACGAGGACUCUUCUUCCACAGCGCGCGGGAAAGCCGAGUGGACUCGCUGUGCCACCGCGGAACAGAGUGACGGCCAGAACCGGUGACCUCGGCUCAGCCCAAGCGUCGGAGCAAAGCAGCCAUGACUGACGUGGCGCAGAAACAAGAGAAACUCCUCUCCAGCUCAAAGCCGGUGCAGAGGACCUAUGUGCCCAAGCUCAGCAAGGGGGACGUAAAGAAUAAGUUCGAAGCCAUGCAGAAGGCGAGGGAGGAGCGCAGUAAGCGGAGGAACCAAGAGGAGCAUCAGAGGAGGAGGGAGCAGUACAUUAGGGAGAAAGAGUGGAACCGCAGGAAGCAGCAGAUGAAGGAGCUGCUUGCAUCCAGCGAUGAGGAGGAGGAGGCGAAGCCGGCCAAGCCGGAGAAAUCAUACGUCCCCAAGAUCACAGGCAGCGUGAAGGGAAAGUUCGCCGAGAUGGAGAAGCAGAGGCAGGAGGAAGAGAGGAAGAGGGCAGAGGAAGAGAGGAAACGGCGCAUCGCCCAGGACCUGCUUGAGAAGACCAAGAUUGAGAGAGAGCUGGCCAAGAAGGCAGAACAGGAAGGAGACGACACCCUGCUGAUAAAAGUGGGGCCAACUAAGUCGUCCAGAGCACCGGGCAAAAUCAAGAUGAACUUCGAAGACUUGGGUAAGGUGCGAGAAGAAGAGGAGAAGAAAAAGACAGAUGAGGAGAAGCAGCGACGGUACGAGGAGAACAGGCGCUCCUUCCGAGAGGGCAAGCGCCACUCCAGAGUUCCUCAGGAUGAGGACUCCCCCCAGUCCACAGAAAAGGCACAGGUGACCCCAGGAAAACUGAAGAUGACCUUUGAGGAACUGGAGAGGGAGCGGCAAGAGCAGCAAAGGCAGCAAGCUGAGGAGGAGGCCCGGCGGCGCCUCCAGGAGGAGAAGCGGGCGUUUGAAGAGGCCAGGCUCCAGAUGGGUGGUGCAGAGGAUGAUGAACCAGGAGUCCCUUCCACAAAGGAGGAGUUCAGACCAGGCAAGUUAAAACUGAGUUUCGAGGAGCUCGAGAAGCAGAGGCUGGAGGAGGCACACAGGCGUGUGGAAGAGGAAGCCAAGAGGCGCAUCGAAGAGGAGAAGGCGGCAUUCGCUGAGGCCAGGAAGAGCAUGAUCGUCGAUGACGACGACAUCUUGGCCGUAAUGCUGAGCGCCGAAGGCGCCAGGCCAGGUAGGCUGAGCAUCAGCUUUGAGGAGCUGGAGCGCCAGCGGAGGGAGGAGGAACAGAAAAGGGCUGAGGAGGAUGCCAGGCGCAGGCUGGAGGAAGAGAAGAAGCUCUUCGCUGAAGCGCGCAAGAACAUGGUAGCAGAUGAGGAAGGGCUUGUGAAGAGCGAGUCGCAGGAGGCCCUGGCCCCCGGGAAGCUGGAGAUCAACUUUGAGGAGCUGCUGAAGCAGAAGGAGGAGGCAGAGAGGAGGCGCACGGAAGAGGAGCGCAGACAGAAGUUGGAGCAGGAGAAGCAGGAGUUUGAGCAGCUGCGUCAGGAGAUGGGCGAGGAAGAAAUAAAUGAGAGCUCUUUGGUAGUGAGCUCAGAGUAUGAAGAACUGAGCCACCUGCGAAGGAUUAGCACCGUGAAAGCCAAGAACUUGAAGUCCAAGUUUGAGAAGAUAAAGCAGCUCACCGAGGAGGAGAUACAGAGGAAGAUCGAGGAGGAAAGGGCACGGAGGAAAGCCAUAGACCUUGAAAUCAAGGAAAGGGAAGCAGAGCGAUUCCAUGCGGAUGAAGAGGACGAAGGUAAGAAGGAAGACAGGAGGGCUCAUGAUGUUCCAUUUAGACAGAAAGUGGACAUGCGGGCCCGGUUUGAGCAGAUGGCAAAGGCGAGGGAGGAGGAAGAGCGCAAGAGGAUUGAAGAGCAGAAGCUACAGCGCAUGCAGUUUGAACAAGAGGAGAUUGAUGCAGCACUGCAAAAAAAAAGGGAAGAUGAGGAAGAGGAAGAAGGAAGCAUCAUUAAUGGCUCCACAACCUACGAAGAUGAUGACCAUGCAAGGUCUGGGGCACCAUGGUUCAGGAAGCCCCUGAAGAACCAGUCCGUGGUGGAUGGUGAACCCGUGCGUUUCACGGUGAAGAUCACAGGGGAGCCAAAGCCUGAGGUGACCUGGUGGUUUGAGGGAGAGAUGCUCCAGGACUGUGAGGACUACCAGUACAUCGAGAGAGGAGAGACAUGCUGCCUAUACUUGCCAGAAACCUUCCCGGAGGAUGAGGGGGAGUACAUGUGCAAGGCGGUGAACAGCCGGGGCACGGCAGCCAGCACCUGUAUUCUAACGGUGGAAACCGAGGACUACUGAUGCCUUUUAUUGGAACUCUCCUGUCUCUCGUUCCUUCUGUACAACUUGUGGGGGGGCCAAAAAAGUAAAUGCUGCCGAGUUUGUCAUUCCACCAGUCGAUAUUGAAAAGGGGAGGGGGGGGGAAGAUAUCACGCAUACAUUGUUUACAACCUGCUCUUUGUCGGCUCCAUGCCCCAGUGAUGACUUGGCAAAGUAGAUGUACAUUUCAGAACACAACAGUGCCAAACCAGAAAACCAGAAGUGGGGGGAAACUGUUCUGAGAGGUACCACUGACCAUUUGGAAGAGUUCCUUCUCCCCAUCACUCACUCUUCUCAUUUUGUUGUUCAGACUCUUAAUUAUUAAACACCUACAAUAAGAUGUAUUAGUUACUUGUAAGUACUGGAUAAUUUUUCUUUUGUAGCUUAUUGGCUUGAUAUACAAUGUUGCUUACAGUUCUAACUGCUGAAAAAAAUGAAAAGCACCAAUGCUUAAGUGUGUGGUGCUGAAACUUGGUUAAAGUACAUUGAUAUUUAAGUUAUAAUAAAAUGUGGAAAAUGUCUAUUUUCA